UGUCCCUCAGUCCCGUGGUGUGUCCCCCCACAGCCCGUUUCACCGGCCGCCCUGUAUUCCAGGAGGCCAGGCAUCUUCAGUGUGGGCACCGGCUGUGAUAGCUUGCGGCUUCACAGCCGGGUACCCACUGAGCAUGUGCGAGUAGCCAUGCACUUCAUGAAUGGUCCUGUAGUCUUCUGGGACCUGUCACGUGUCCCAAAAGACUACAGGGAGGGAGGACACCUUCCGUUUCCGAUCGCCCAGGCGAACAGACCAGAAGUGGGAGCGGGGUACCUGUCAAAUUCGGGUACCCACUCCCCCCCCACUCCCCAAAGGUGCCAAUCCUUAAAGGGGAGUGGGGAAGCAGUCCUU